UAUCAGUAUUCAGUAAUUCGGUUCAUUCAAAUAUUUAAUUAUACAAAUAUAAGAUAUAACUUAACUUACCCGUUAGUAACCUACUACUGAGACAAUGUUGGGUGGAGGAUUAUUUUCCAAUAAGUCGGUGGCUGCGCCCACAAACCCCAACAAGGAUUUUGAAGUCACACAGCCUCCUGAUGACACCGUUUCAGCAAUGGCGUUCAGUCCUGCUACAUUACAACAAAAUUUUCUCAUUGCGGGUAGUUGGGAUAACAGCGUACGUUGUUGGGAAGUCGAACAGAGUGGUAAAACAGUACCAAAAUCCAUGCAGUCAAUGACUAUGCCAAUUUUAGACGUCUGCUGGAGUGAUGACGGCACAAAAGUUUUCAUGGCGUCUUGUGACAAACAAGUAAAAUGCUGGGAUUUAGGUAGUAAUCAAACGGUGCAAGUGGCAGCUCACGAUGCACCCAUAAAGACUUGUCAUUGGGUCAAAGCGCCAUCUUACACAUGUAUCAUGACUGGCUCAUGGGAUAAAACAUUAAAGUUUUGGGAUGUUAGAAGUUCAGUUCCCAUGAUGACCAUUAAUUUACCUGAGAGAGCUUAUUGUGCUGAUGUGGAUUAUCCUAUGGCAGUUGUUGGAACAGCAUCAAGGGGCAUAGUUGUCUAUAAAUUAGAAGGAAAACCUGAAAUGGUAAAAUCUGUGGAUUCUCCUCUAAAAUAUCAACAUCGUUGCGUUGCAAUAUUUAGAGAUAAAAAAAAACAAUCUCCUACUGGUUUUGGUUUGGGAAGUGUUGAAGGACGUGUAGCUAUACAUUACAUACAACCUCAGAGUUCAAAAGACAACUUCACAUUCAAAUGCCAUCGUCAAAAUAACUCUGGAACAAUGAAUGUCCAAGAUAUUUAUGCUGUGAAUGAUAUUAAGUUUCAUCCAAUCCAUGGUACUUUAGCAACUGUAGGUUCUGAUGCAACAUUUGCAUAUUGGGAUAAAGACGCACGUACAAAAUUGAAGUCAUCUGAGACACUCGACCAACCAAUCACAAAAUGUUGUUUUAAUAGUAAUGGUCAAAUAUUUGCUUACAGUACUGGAUAUGACUGGUCAAAGGGUCACGAGUAUAAUAAUCCAGCUAAAAAGCCACAGAUUUUCUUAAAACCAUGUUUCGAGGAUUUAAAACCAAAAAGUGGUACAUAGAUAAUUAAAUGACUUUAACCAUUUGUUUUUUUAAAUGUAUUCAACAUUGUAUUUAAGAGAGUAUUGCUUUCUACCAAUAUUGUAAAAUUAAAUAUUGUGUAUAAUUAUAAUUCAACUCUUAAUAGUA